AUGAUCCUUGUCGAUGUCCUAGAUCGUUUCGGGCAGGGCAAGAAAUACUUCACGCCUUAUGAGAUACAAAUAGCUUACCUUGAAUGGCGGCAUCAUCUACUUCAAGGAAAAAAUCCCCCAUCCACGCUCUCCCGACUUGUUAUGGGUGCAGUAAUCCACUCUUCCGACUCGGAAGAUCUCAAGAUGCAGAUCAACGAUUGCUUGAGAAGCGUCAAUGAUAUUCGAAUCCUCGACGCUCCUUCUGUGGCAGGAACAUUCGAACCGACCUACGGUAUUUGGCAGGUACAGGUUGACAAAAGUCCCGAUUCAUUGAUGGUUCGUUUUUCAAACGAUCGGACUGCCCGUCUCACUAAGCUCCUUCCAGACGAUGAAAAGGACGAAGAGGAAAAUGAGUAUCCGCCAGACGAGAUUCCGGAUUGUGUAUUACGGGAGAUCAUGGAACGAAAUCAGCCAGACGAGAAGAAAGAAUUGCCUGAAGUUUUUAAUCUACAGGGUGGGCCGCACAUAGGCCGGGUGCGACCUCCAUAUUGGUCUGUCGCUCUCGCGACUCAGCCUUCCGGACAUCGAUACUUAUCGGACGCGGUUCUGGAUGAGAUUCUGCCAUUUUGGAAGGAGCUUUUGAAUGGAGAUAGUUCAAGAACUGUCAAAUAUUACAUGGAAAAAUGGCAAGGCCUCAAGUCAAAGUUCGAGGCUUGGAUGGAAAAAGAAAAAUCCAAGCUGCAGCAGAAGGGAAUUAAGGAUUGGCCGGCUUCCUAUUCUAAACAACCAGAUAACAUGGGUAGCCCAGACGAUACAUCGGAUGUGUGGCUUACGAUCUAUGAGGUAAAAGCUACAAAUAAGCCAUUUCAGGUUUUAAGUCGCUCAAAGGUUAUUCAAACGAGAGAUCGUUCGGAGCAAUCACCUAGCCCGGAAUCUGCUGGCUCGACGCAUCAACCUAGGGAUUCCGAGGAUCAAUCAGCUUCGUUCUCAGACACUCAGCCUUUUUCCGCUCUUAGAAAACCCCCACUUGAUCAGAGCAGUGAGGUUUCAGAAGCGACCCUGCGUGCCAUUCAGGAAAGCCUACGCAGCGUCAUCAUAGAGCAGCACUCUAGGCUCGCGGGGAUUCACAGCAAAAUCGAUAAGAUCGAUAAUGGGGUAGAAAAGAAGCUGCAUGAAUUUGAAAACAGAAUGCGUGGGUCGAACAGUGGUUGGUCCCACGGACGUGAUCGUUCUUCAUCGCCGGCUAAUGGUCAUUCCUCCUCCCCUUCGCAGCAAGAAGGAUCAUCCACAUCACGUAAUGGGCAGUUGUUCAGGAGAUAA